AUGAUCCAAGGCAUAUUUUACGCACGCUUCUUCCCCGAAGAGGGACCCAGGAUCGUCGCGCAGUCACCCUCAGGCUGCAUCACGGCCAACACCCACAGCGCCAAGAGUAACCACCACAUCCUCCACAAUGACGGCCCCGGCGUGCCCCCUCCCACCACCGCCGCCGCCGCGCGGCCUCCCCUCGUCGACUUUGAUGUCCUCCAGGAGUACAUCAUCCCGCGCCAGGCCUUCUGCAACCGCUACAUCACCAUCAACUCGCCCGAUGGCAAGUACACGGUCCUCGGAUACCCGGUGGUGAUCCCCCACUCCAAGUACAAGCGCAACGAGUUCAUCUUCAACUUCGGCCUGAUUGUCGAGUCCGACGUGGACCAGCUCCCCUACGAGCCCGUCGUGCGUCGCAUAGCAACGACCUUUGCCGAGAUGGAGAAGCAGAACGAGUAUCUCAGCCAGAACGAGGCAACCGUGGUGGAGCUCCCCGGUGGCGACGGCGAGAGAAGGCCCAUAGAGGGGCUGCUCGAGAUUGUCAAGGAGGACCUCAACAACUAUGGCGAAUGCAUGAUCCCUGUUGACGAAGCUAAUACCAUCAACAUGAAACUCUUUCCCCAUCACGGCAACCCCCCGGCCGUCGAGGGCUGGCACGUGCCCGUGUCCAAGACCAAGUUCUCCGAGAUUGUCGAUCCGACCUGGGAUCUGACCAUGCAGAAAGUCAUCUCGCACAUUGACGGGGUGUCGGAUGUGCGGCGCAUCGCCCACGCGGCUUCGGUGUCUCUGGACCUGGCCAAGGCCGCGCUCCGCCACCUGCUGUACUACGACACCAUCAUCCUCCUCGACAUGUUCUUCUUCUCGGCCUGCUACGCCCCCCGCCCUGGAAUCCACGACUUUAUCCGCAACGUCGACGGCAUGGUGGACGAGUGUGCCGGCUACGUCUCGCACACGGCCGCCCGCCGUCCCGACAAUUAUCACCUCAUCCGGCUCAUGGCGUCGCUCGUCCCGGGCCGGACAGUCCUCGAAUGGCUCUGGUCUCACCGCGAGGCCGGCCUCGACGUCCUCCGCCUCAUCGAUGUCCGCCGCUUCAUCCAGUUCGGCCUCAUCAAGGGCUGUCUCUACCGCGUCCACAAGUACGUCGUCUCCAAGCAGUACCUCGCCUCGCUCGCCUCGGGGCAGUCGCGGCCCGUCCAGGGGGGCGACCCUCUUCAGAAGUACACCGACGGCUGCCAUCACUUUGAUCAGAUUGUCACGGAGCAGCACCUCACCGACGACGAGAUCAUGGAGAAGCUCAAGACUCUGCCUGUCCCUAAGGGGGAUCUAGCACUCUUCUAUCGAUGA